CUGUAAAACCUGGUCAAAUUCAGAGCCAAUGUCCUGUCCUCAUUAAAUUUCCUCAUACUUUCACUUCCAUUUCUACUCGGCAGAGGCAGGAAACUGGACGGACCUGAACUUAAAAAAACUCUACCAAGAACAGUCCGUCUUUUUAGACACAGUCACCUAAGAAAGUGCCGUGAAAGUGAUUUUACACAGACAUGGUAGCGACGGUUGGCAGGUUGGAUGACAGCAGCUCUGACAUCGGGCCUGAUGCAGAGCUGGAGGAUGUGAAGGAACAGCCCCUGAGAAUCAUGCUUCUUGGGAAGAGCGGGGUUGGCAAGAGCUCAAGUGGCAACACCAUCCUCGGGCGACAGGUGUUUCUAUCAGACAUGAAGCUGAAGAGAGUCACUAAAUACUGUCAGAAGGAGAGUGGGACCGUUAAGGACGUGUCUAUGGGUGCGAAUCAUGGAACUAGAGAUGUCCCCGUCUCUGUGAUUGACACGCCCGGCCUUUUUGAGACUGAUCGCGACAAGGAGGCAGUCGUGCGAGAUAUUCUGAAGUGCGUCAAACUCCAGGAUCCAGGGCCUCACAUCUUUGUGUUAGCGGUCCCUGUUGGAAGGAUGACGCACGAAGAUCAAGAUACCAACAAACUGAUCGAAGCGAUGUUUGGCCCAAGAGUGUGGGACCACACCAUCGUGCUGUUCACACAUGGCGAUCGUUUGGGUGGGAAAACGAUAAACGACGUCAUCAAAGAGAGCGAGGACAACCUCCGCAACUUCAUACGCAAGUGCAGCGGCGGCUUCCACGUCUUCAACAACAAGACCCCGCAGGACCAGAACCAGGUGACGAGCUUCAUGGAAAAGAUCCAGACCCUGGUAGCCCUGAACGGAGGGCGCCAUUACGAAACGGCCCUGUAUCCCAAACAGGAGAGGAGGAUUAGGGAAAAACAGGAGAGCAUCCUGGCGGAGAGAAAUCCUGAGAUCAGCACUAAGGAGAGACAGCUGCAGGAGCAUUUCCAGGGGCAAGAGCUGGAGAAGAAGAAGGAGGAGCUGUGGAGGAAAGAGGAGAACCGAUCAAGAGUGGAUGCAGAGUAUGCCAUCCGCAUGACCUCCUACAUUCUGAAAUUUAUCUUCUUCCUGGGAGGAAUAGGCCUGGUAGCUUUGGCUCUUCAAAUGCCAAAUGUGUGCAUUGUGGUGGGGAUUAUCAUUUUCAUUUUGGUUUUCCAUAAGGAGUCUAUUCUUCAUCCGUCCAUUUUAGAAAAAAUACCAUGGCUUUCUAAGAAAAUUCAAUAGGUGUAGGGGUUUUGACACAGUGAGAUGUACUGGUUUAGUCAUCUUAAGAGCCUAUGAUGGAUGCUCAACUAAUGUAAUGGAUUACAUUUCGCAUUCUUUUUCAAUCUAUCAGUUUAUAAUAAGAACCAGAAAAAAAAACAUGUUUAUAAUUUGAUAUAUACACACUUGAUCUAAUGUCAUGUAACACAAAUGUUAAACCUGCUAAUGAAAAUUGUUUCAUCAAUAAA